UUGAUUUUAAGAUCAAGACGGUCUUCUUGAUGGGCAAGAAGGCCAAGCUGCAAAUUUGGGACACCGCGGGACAAGAAAGAUUUCGGAACAUCACGUCCGCAUACUACCGAGGGAGCAUGGGCAUCAUGCUCGUCUACGAUGUCACUGAUGUGAAGUCGUUCAGAAACGUCGGCAACUGGAUGCGCCAGAUCGAGCUUAACGCCGCUCCGGACGUGAACGUAACCUUGGUGGGGAACAAGAGCGACGUGGCAGAAGCGGAAAGGGUGGUAUCUUUCGAGCAAGGCCAGAGGUUAGCGGCUGAGCACGGUGAUCAUGUACGCUUCUUCGAAACCAGCGCACGGUCUAACGUGAACGUGACGGAGGCGUUCGAAGGGUUGGCAACAGACGUUAUCACCCGGCUGCAAACUCAAGAUGAAGCCAGCCUUGCCAGAGUAGCGCCGUUAAAGCUAGGACAAGAAGAGUCCACAGAAAAGUCCGACUGCUGCUAACGGGGAAGGGGAAGUUGUAGCUGGGCUCGUUGGCUGGGCGUGGGUGAAUCGAGUCAAGCCAGCCAAUCAGCUUGUCGAGCAGAGCAUCCGCGGACCGUCUGCUGCAGAGAGCGUCUUGUGCCGGUGUUUUGAGCCGAUCCGAUGUCGGCCCUCGAAUGGAAGUAUUUGCCUGAAGUGACACAGAAGUGAACCUGUCCCUUGAGGUUGUUGUCGUCGUUGUUGCUUAUUGUAUACAGUUACAGUACACUGUAGCGCCGCAAUUUUAAUAGCCUCUAGUUUUUGCCGAGGUUGGACCUCUUACUUCCUCUUGUGGGCUACAAAUGGCCGUCCAUAUCUGUCAGUGUGGGGGUUCUUAUUCUCACGAAUUGUGCUCGAGUUUCUUAUCCGAGCUCACGAAUUGUGCUCGAGUUCCUUAUCCUAGCUCACGAAUUGUGCUCGAGUUCCUAUAAUUUGAGUUCUUGGAGGCUCAAUUUCUUAACUGCCAGGUUUUGAAGCGCGAAGGCUAACUGUAAAUCGUUUUGCUUAUGAGGCAAACGAAGGGGGGAGGGAAGGGAGGCAGAGAUUUUGUUUCUUGCUCCCCGCCGAAUCAUUGACGCCGGGCUUUCUUGUUGCCACUCUUUGUUGAUAUGUUCACGCUAUCCAGUAAACCCUCGGGUCUAUCGUGCUGUAUUCUCUUGUAUGUACUAACCGCAAUAGGCCGGGUCCCCACAAAAUGUUGUGGGGGAAGGAAACAACGUGAGGCUUUUCGGGCCUCGUCCCAUUUUAUUUUGUUUUCAUGCCUUUAUUGUCGCAUCUCUAUGGUGUUCCAAGAGCUCUAGAUGCAUUCGCCCGGGGC